UGGUCGCUUACUAUGUCCGGCAUGCCGCAGAGCUGUGGAGUCUGCCUGGUCGCGGCAUUGAUACACAUCUGAUUGCAGAGACCCCUGCUGCGUGGUCCCGCCACCGGCUCAUGGCUCGCUGUGGAGUUUUGCACCACACCAUCAGUGUCGACCGGCCAGCUGAGUUCACAGUGGGCCCGUUUCUUGAAGACAGUAUGGAGAUAGAAUCUAUUGAGGUAGCAGUUAGGUAAGCAAGUACUCUGGUGAGGUUAAAUACCCUUUUAUCUGGUUGUGUCGCUCUGGAUGUGUCUCUCUGUGUCUCUGUGGUCGUCUUUGUGGUUGUUCCCUGUGGUUGUCUAUUUGGUGUUGUUUCUUUUGUUUUCACUCUUGGUUGUUUAUCGUUGGUUGUAGAUCUGGUUGUGCCAUAGUUCUGGUAGUAUGUACGUAAAAAAAAUUGUACAUUUUUUUCUCAUUUUACUUUGUUAAAUGUUAUAUUAAAUGUUAUAUUAAAUGUUAUAUUAAAUGUUAUAUUAAAUGUUAUAUUAAAUGUUAUAUUAAAUGUUAUAUUAAAUGUUAUAUUAAAUGUUAUAUUAAAUGUUAUAUUAAAUGUUAUAUUAAAUGUUAUAUUAAAUGUUAUAUUAAAUGUUAUAUUAAAUGUUAUAUUAAAUGUUAUAUUAAAUGUUAUAUUAAAUGUUAUAUUAAAUGUUAUAUUAAAUGUUAUAUUAAAUGUUAUAUUUUUAAAAAAAAACAAUAACAUUGUUUUGUCUCCUCAGGAACUAUGAAGACUACCAUGUGAUCGCUGGACUGACCGUUGUGUACAGAGACCAUCACACCAAGGUGUACAUGUUAACUGACAGUGAAGGCAAUGACCUCCCUCUCAAGGCCAGGUGCAAGGUGAGUAACUCCUUACACUGAACUGUCCAGAGACAAAAUUUUAAGAAUACAUAUCUCUAAAUACAUGGUGAUUAAAAUUGCAUGUUCAUUUUAAAUACUAGUUGACUCUAAAUACAUGUUGUCUGUAAUGUAUAUAUAUAAAUGCAAGUUAUCUUCAAAUCCAUGUUUCCUUCUUACCUUACAGGUGAUGUUGGCUCUUGAUGAGCGCAUAGUCCAGGUGUGUUAUGCCGUCACUCGGCCAUUUUUUCUGCACAUUGGCUUCAUUACCUCCUUUGGCAACCAGUUCGGCCCCUUCGGUAGCAA